CACCUCAUACAAAUGCAUUAUGAAGGACAUUGCUACUCAAUAAAUGCUCAUCACAAUCUUGGAUAUCCCAGUCUCGUCCCGCAGCUACAGUCGACCAGUAUUCGAAGGUCGAAUCGGCUCCCCACACGAGUAACUGGUCGUCGCGCCACACGAAACUGAGUUCACCUCUGUACAGCAACAAACAAAGUGGGGAGAUUUUGCAUGAGAUACACUGUAUAGAAUAUAUAGUAUAGUAUCCAUAUACUCAACCAGCAAAAAAGUUCUCCAGCAUCUUGUUCGUACUUUUCGCCAGACCCAGUCUACAUGUUGCAGAUCACUGACUUGGUCUCUGCUGCUCCUCUCAUUUUAAGUGUCACGACAAUAUAGGCUCUAUCCAUGACUUGACUUCUUGAUGCUCCUUUCAAUUUCUUGAUACCACGAGAUCCAUUGUACCCCACCAUGUGUUUUGCAAGAAAUUGAUUGUAAUAAACAAUCGUUUCGCCGUUGUCUUUUCCACCGUUGUCGGUUUGUUUUAGCUGCGUCGGACAGGGUUUCAGUGUUUUCACAGUCUGAUGUACAGUACACAUGUAGUAAUAAAUCGACGACGGGUAUGCUAGUGAAAAGUUGAUACUAUUCUAAUCGCCGCCAGGGUUUCAUUCUCAAACUCCUAAUAGGCUCACUAACGUACAUCCUGCUCUCCACAAUUGCUGAUAUGGACAAAAUAGUUGCAGUGUAUGAUGAAGUCUCUAUGUCAUCGAAUACACAUUUUGGAUCUGAGGAUAGACCUCAGAAAGCGGCCAGCGACUGCUCUAAUUGAUCGAUAGGAAAUACACGUAUCUCGUCCUAGAGAACUUCCACCCCAUACCCCCACCAUCCCGCCCACCGGUACCGGUACCUACAAACCCGCCAUACAAUGACGCAAUGAUCGUAUUGCGCAAUGGAACGCACAACAUCAAGACACCAAACCCACGUUAACUCUCUAGGUAUCUUACAAAGGGCAGAGUCAAAAAAGAAGGUAAUACUAAGCCCCUAAAUGCGCACAGACAAAAAGCACAUACAGUGUAGCAAUUAUUGCAACAACAUAGUAAUACAAGGCUUUUAUAAAUUAAGCAAAAUUAUCUUACUACGUAAAUAUCUACUUUUUACUUUAUAAUAUAAAGCUAUAAUUAUAUAUUAUUUAUGCUGUGUUGCAGCUUUAUUUAGUAUAUUUAUUCUAAUGUUCAUAGACCCUGUGCGCCAAGGAUGACCUUCGUUUUUGAAUCUGCCCUUUUCUAUCGUACGAAUCAAGUCACUUUGACACUGAUUUGCAAGCAAACCGUCCCGCGAUAAGCGUACCGUUGUCCAAGGACCAGAGCACCCAUCUAAAACUCCACUCUAAACCUCUCCCCUUCAACACACCCCCGAAAAUAAGCAACUAGGUACAAUUCUCAGUCCACACCAUGUCUACGCCUCCUCUAGCAACAAUCGCCAUAAUCUCUAUAGGCCAAAUGGGCCUGGGCAUCGCACGUCUCCUCCGCGCCCACAGCUACCGCAUCAUAACAAACAUAACCGACCGCUCACCCGCAACACUUGAACGCGCAAAAUCCGCGUCCAUUGAGUUGUUUCCUACAGAUGCCAGUCUGGUCCGCGAAGCAGACUACAUCCUCUCGAUUGUACCGCCGCGCGAUGCUGUAACUACCGCGCAACGCAUCAUCUCCGUUUUCCAAGAGGAAGGUGCGGAAGCAAGGAAAGGCAAGAAAGAGCCAUUGUACUAUCUCGAAUUAAACGCAAUUGCGCCACGAACUGUGCGAACCAUCGGCCAACUGUUCCACAAGCAAGCAGACGAAGUGCGGUUUGUAGAUGGCGGGAUCAUAGGAGGUCCGCCAUCCGUUUCCGAAGAAGCGGAAGGAGGAGGAGCAGGAUCGUGGACAUGUCCUGGUAUCCCUCUUUCUGGUCCCUAUCCCCUUACCUCAGCCCCAAUCUCAGGAUCGCACCUCGCAUCCACGCUUCAUUCCCGCUAUCUCAACGACGCAAUCGGUACCGCGAGUGCGCUGAAAUGCAGCUUCGCGGCCUUGUCGAAGGGCUUUGCCGCACUGUCGUUGCAGGCGUAUAGCACGGCGGCCAGCGUGGGGGUACUCCCGCAUUUACAGGAGUAUCUGGAUGAGUAUGGAGGCCUGGGAGUGAGGACGAGAGCGGAGAGGGGGGUAACCGGGUGCCCGGGAAAGGCUUAUCGAUGGGUUGAGGAGAUGAGGCAGAUUGGGAUUUGUUUUGGGGAGGAGGUAUGUGUGCUUUUGCUCUCCCUCUCUUUCCCCAUCUGUAGUCGUCCUUUUUGGGAAAAUUAA